AAUACAGUGAGCACUCUUGGUCGCUUUGUGCUGCUUAUAUGGUUAUUUGUAGUUCUAAUAAUUAACUCAAGUUACACAGCUAGCCUGACAUCAAUCCUCACAGUGCAACAACUUUCUUCACUUGUUAAAGGCAUUGACAGUUUAAUAAAUAGCAAAGAGCCUAUUGGCUACUUGCAGGGUUCAUUUACUCGAACUUAUUUGAUUGAGGAAAUUGGUAUUGAUGAAUCCAGACUGGUUCCUCUAAAAACACCGGAAGAAACUGCAACAACACUAAAAAAUGGUCCCCAAAAGGGUGGUGGUUCUGCAUAUGUUGAUGAGCGUGCUUACAUAGAACUUUUCCUUUCAAGCCGGUGCGACUUUAGAAUUGUCGGUCAAGAGUUCACCCGAAAUGGUUGGGGAUUUAGUGGAUUUGACAUGAUUUGCAGUGGGAGGGACAAGAUUGAAACUCUAGAGCAGUUUAAACAAGUCGAAGAAACAGUUAAGAAGCUAGACUUGGAUGGGGUUGUUGUUAUUGGUGGUGAUGACUCAAACACCAAUGCAUGCCUCCUUGCUGAGAACUUCAGGAGCAAAAAUUUGAAAACACGUGUAAUUGGAUGCCCUAAAACCAUUGAUGGUGAUUUGAAAUGCAAAUAAGUUCCCACAAUUUUUGGGUUUGACACUGCUUGCAAGAUUUCAAGCAAUAAAACAUGCAAUCAUCUGUCUGGAGUUGUGCGGCUUAUGGGGUGUGCGGCUUCACACAUUACACUGGAAUGUGCUUUACAAACUCAUCCAAACAUUACAAUUAUUGGAGAAGAGGUAGCUGCAAAGAAGCUGACGUUGAAAAGAAGCUGCAAAGAGUCUACUGGCCAUGGCUCAGGAUCUUCACGUAUGCGCACAUUCCUUUCCUUUGUAGAUAUGAAAAGGAAGAGAUUGUUAAGAGCCGUGUGAAGAGAAAGAAAAUAGAGGGCAUGUCCUACAGGAGCACAAGAGAAGUAGGAUCAUCCAUCACCUCUAACAAAGGAUAUUCUCAGGCAUCAUCAAACAGAAUUGAUUCAGCUACUGAAAUCUAACUGUUGCAUACUUGUUUGCUCAUCAUAAUUUUGUAGCUUCUUGUACUAACGCCCUGUGCAUCACUCUUCAUUCACCCGUUGCAACUGCUGGGUUCCUCCUACAUUUUUGUGGUUUUCCUUUUUAGUACAUAUAAUUAAUUGUAAGAUAUAUCAAUUUGUGUGGGACUGUAAGUAAUAUAAGCGUGGGGACAAGUUGACUUUACAAUUAUUGUUGGUACUUAUUUGUAUUGAUUGGUACCAAAAUGUUAAGUAAUAAAUAGGAAAUUUUAUAGAA